AACUCGAGUCGCGGGCCGUUCGCAUGUCCGAGCUCCAGCUCCAAGUGCUCCGCUCCAGAAGUUCCCUAUUGGAAUCCAGCUGUGGUCAUGGGUCUGCUUGAGAUGCUGCGUCGGUUGGGUCGUCCCCCCGCCGGCGGCGGCGUCGGCUGCAACAUCGAGCUGCAGCGUCGCGUGCCCUGCAAAUCGAAUCAAUUGGACGUUCAGCCCGAGUCUGGGCAGGCUGCGGCGGGAUGCGGGGGCAGGACACAGUCGCAGGUCACGGAGCAGUCGCUGCAGGUGUGGCGCGCGCUGCCCGCUGAGAUUCGACAUGAUCCCAGCAUGGCCAGCUUUCAAAUGGAGAACGAACGCAUUUACGGUUCCAUGGUCGGGGACAGCGAUGCGGAGGAGGCGUACGUGGACGCGGACCUGGACGCCGAGGAGGAGGAUCCGUCGAGUCACCUCCAGCAGCAGCAGCACCAGCAGCUGGAUGGGCGCACCGCCAGCUAUGCGGGCUCCGAUUAUCUGGACAUCAAGCUGAGAAACGGCUGCGAGGCGGACAAGAGCACGGACGACGAGGUGACCACCACUCACUCUGACCACGAGCAGCCGCACGCAAAUGGACCCGGCAAUGCCAAAACUCUGGCUCGGCGCCUGCAUCACAAGUCGAAGCGCUCCAAGGAGCAGCUGCAGCGCGACAAGCUCUGGAAGCGCUGCGGCCUGCUCAUCUGUUGGCUAUUCGCUGCCGCAGUCCUGAUCAGCGUCGGCGAGAAGCAGCUGCUCGAGAAGAUUGUCCAGGUGCCGCAGGGCGAGUCGGGCAAAUUUUUCCAGCUGCAGCAGAAGCCCAUGGGCGACUUUCGGCUGAAGCUCCACGGCGCCUUCGAGUCAUCGAGGAGUCACUUGCUCGGCCAGGAGCAGAACGAGACGGAGCAGAGUCAAGCUCAUUUAUUUGUGCAGCCGCAGCUCAGUCGCAAUCAGAGCAAGGAGUUUCAGGACAUUCUGGCGCCCUGGCAGCUGGAAUUGGUGCCUGAGGAGCAGCUGCUCCAUGCGCCCGCCGUGCCACGCAAUCACACCUUCCAGCUGACCGCGGAGCUGUUGGAGCUGCUCGCCCACCCCGCCAGCCAGAUGCGUCUGCACAUCUUUAGCGAUGCCCGGCAGGAGUUGGCCCUGGAGCUCAGCUACAAUCCGUUGAUUGUGAAUAAUCGCACGGGCAGCAUUCUGGCGGGGAUUAUCCUGCUGCUCUUUUAUGGGCUGCUCGUCUGGGAGCAGCUGGAUCGUCCGUUUGCUGCGAUGAUAUGCGCCGUGCUCUCGGUCACCGCAUUGGCCGUCUUUCAGGAUCGCCCCAACAUGGAGGAGAUCAAACAGUGGAUGGACAUGGAGCUGCUUACGCUCGUUUUUUGCAUGAUGCUCCUCAUCCUUAUCCUGACCGAGACGGGCGUCUUUGAUUAUCUCGCAGUUGUUUGCUUUGAGAUAUCCGGCGGCAAGAUCUGGCCCAUGAUCUACAGCCUCUGCCUGGUCACCUGCCUGGUGUCCAGUGUCCUAGACAACAUGACCACCGUGCUCCUUCUCACGCCCGUCGCCAUUCGUUUGUGUGAGGUCAUGCAGCUGGAUCCUCUGCCCGUCGUCAUGGGCAUCAUUGUCCAUGCCAAUAUCGGCGGCGCUCUCACCCCCAUUGGAGAUCCCAUCAGCAUUAUCGUCGGCACAAAUCACUUUAUCGUCGAGAAUGGCGUCAAUUUCCUGACCUUUGUGGCCCACAUGCUGCCCGGCGUGCUGCUGGCGGUGCUGCAGAGCUGCGCUUAUUUGCGUCUCUAUUAUCGCAACAUUGACGAGCUGCGUCUGAAUGAGCCCAAGGAGCUGGGCGAGCUGCGGCGCGAGAUCAGGGUGUGGCAGCGUGCACUGAACGCGAUCGCCGUCUGCUCCAAGGACGCUCAGCUAGUGCGCGGCACGCUCCACGGCAAGGUGAAGCAGCUGAAGCGGACGCUGAGGCGCAAACAACGCGGCGUCGGCUCCACAGAGAUCUAUGCGAGCACGCUGGAUGAGCUCAAACAGAAGUACCCGAUCAAGAAUAAGAAGCUGCUGCUGCAAUCGACUGGCGCCUUGCUCUUUGUCAUCGUUUGUUUUCUGGUGCAGUCGGUGCCCCAUUGGCGAACCCUGCCCCUGGGCUGGGUGGCCCUGCUGGGCGUGAUCCUGCUGCUGAUUGUGCUCGACCGCGAUGAUAUGGAGCAUCUGAUACAUCGCAUCGAGUGGACGACGCUGUUGUUCUUUGGCGCCAUGUUCGUGAUGAUGGAGUGCGUGGAGCGUCUCGGGCUGCUCGUCAGCAUUGCCGAGCUGACGGAGCACGUCAUCCUGGCCGUGCAGCCGGGCCACAGACUGGCCGUGGCCAUUUCGAUGAUACUGUGGAUAACGGCGCUGGCCUCCUCCGUGCUGGACAGCAUUCCGGUUGCCGCGAUGAUGGUCAAGCUGGUCACCUCGCUGGUGGCCAAGUCAUCCCUCGGCCUACCCCUGCAGCCGCUCGUCUGGGCCCUAACGCUGGGCGCCUCCCUCGGCGGCAAUGGCACCCUCUACGGCGCCUCCGCGAACGUCAUCGCGGCUGGCAUCGCCGAACAGCACGGCUACAAAUUGUCCUUUACGCGUUAUCUGAAGACCGUGCUGCCCAUGAUGCUGGCUCAGAUCGCACUCAUGACCAUCUACCUGCUGCUGGCCCACGUUCUCUUCAGCUGGCAUUAAAUAAAUACAAUCUAUUCAAGAUUUAUAACUAUCUCAAAACUAUAAAGUUCUGGAUUUCUUUUUACUAUCUUUAAGAUAUUAACUAUUCGAUUGCAUAAAAUCAAUUAAAUUUAAGUCUUUGCUUGGAUUUGUAAUCUCGCAAUGUCUUAUUCGUAUACUCUAUUUAGAGAAUAUUCACAAACCAAAGUGUUUCAGUUUGAAAAUAAAGUAUUUUAUUAUUAAGCAAAA